GGAGCGGGGCCCGGGAGCCGAGCAGCCUGGCAACGGCGGUGGUGCCCGGAGCCCGAGAGUUUCCAGUAUGGCUUCUGCACCAACUUCUAAGUAUAAUUCACACUCCUUGGAGAAUGAGUCUAUUAAGAGGACUUCUAGGGAUGGAGUUAAUCGGGACCUCAGUGAGGCUGUUCCUCGACUUCCAGGAGAAACUCGCAUCACUGACAAAGAAGUUAUUUACAUAUGUCCUUUCAAUGGCCCCAUUAAGGGAAGAGUUUACAUCACAAAUUAUCGUCUUUAUUUAAGAAGUUUGGAAAUGGAUUCUGCUCUAAUACUUGAUGUUCCUCUGGGUGUGAUCUCCAGAAUUGAAAAAAUGGGAGGCGCGACAAGUAGAGGAGAAAAUUCCUAUGGUCUAGAUAUUACUUGUAAAGACAUGAGAAACCUGAGGUUCGCGCUGAAACAGGAAGGCCACAGCAGAAGGGAUAUGUUUGAGAUCCUCACAAGAUACGCCUUUCCCUUGGCCCACAGUCUGCCCAUAUUUGCGUUUCUAAAUGAAGAAAAGUUUAACGUGGAUGGGUGGACAGUUUAUAAUCCAGUCGAAGAAUACAGAAGGCAGGGCUUGCCCAAUCACCACUGGAGAAUAACUUUUAUCAAUAAGUGCUAUGAACUCUGUGACACUUACCCUGCUCUCUUGGUGGUUCCAUAUCGUGCCUCAGAUGACGAUCUCAGGAGAGUUGCAACUUUUAGAUCCAGAAAUCGAAUUCCAGUGCUGUCAUGGAUUCAUCCAGAAAACAACACAGUCAUCGUGCGUUGCAGUCAGCCUCUUGUCGGUAUGAGUGGUAAACGGAAUAAAGAUGAUGAGAAGUAUCUCGAUGUUAUCAGGGAGACUAACAGACAAAUUUCUAAACUCACAAUCUAUGAUGCAAGACCCAAUGUAAAUGCGGUGGCCAACAAGGCAACAGGAGGAGGAUAUGAAAGUGAUGAUGCAUAUCAUAACGCCGAACUUUUCUUCUUAGACAUUCAUAACAUUCAUGUCAUGCGGGAAUCUUUAAAAAAAGUCAAAGACAUUGUUUAUCCUAAUGUGGAAGAAUCUCACUGGUUGUCCAGUUUGGAGUCUACUCAUUGGUUAGAACAUAUCAAGCUUGUUUUGACGGGAGCCAUUCAAGUAGCAGACAAAGUUUCUUCAGGGAAGAGCUCAGUGCUUGUGCACUGCAGCGACGGCUGGGACAGGACCGCCCAGCUGACGUCCCUGGCCAUGCUGAUGCUGGACAGCUUCUAUCGGAGCAUCGAGGGGUUUGAAAUAUUGGUGCAAAAAGAAUGGAUAAGUUUUGGACACAAAUUUGCAUCUAGAAUAGGUCAUGGUGAUAAAAACCACGCCGAUGCUGACCGAUCUCCUAUUUUUCUCCAGUUUAUUGACUGUGUAUGGCAGAUGUCGAAACAGUUCCCUACAGCUUUUGAAUUCAACGAACGAUUUUUGAUUACAAUUUUGGAUCAUCUGUAUAGUUGCCGAUUUGGUACUUUCUUAUACAACUGUGAAUCUGCUCGAGAAAAACAGAAAGUUACAGAACGAACAGUAUCUUUAUGGUCGCUGAUAAACAGUAAUAAGGACAAAUUCAAAAAUCCCUUCUAUACUAAAGAAAUCAAUCGAGUUUUAUAUCCAGUUGCCAGUAUGCGUCACUUGGAACUUUGGGUGAAUUACUACAUUAGAUGGAACCCCAGAAUUAAGCAACAACAGCCCAAUCCAGUGGAGCAGCGGUACGUGGAGCUCUUGGCCUUGCGCGACGAAUACAUACAGCGGCUCGAGGAACUGCAGCUUGCCAGCUCGGCCAAGCUCUCCGAUCCCUCGACUUCGCCUUCUGGUCCUUCACAGAUGAUGCCGCACGUGCACACUCACUUCUGAGAGGGAACCCCGGUGCCGUGGUAGAGCUCUGAAUACAGGAGACGGUUGACGUUCAUUUAGGGCCUCUGUACAAAGUAGAUUAAAAUAAUUGCCUCCGUGUAGAACUUGAACUAACAUAAUCUUAAACUCUUGAAUAUGUGCCUUCUAGAAUACAUAUUACAAGAAAACUAGUGUCUACAGGGCAAUCAGAAGAAAGGAGCCAAGAUGGGGUUUUGGAAAAUCCUGACACCUUUCAAGAACAGUUUUUGAAAGAUAAAAUUGAAAUUGAAUUUACCUCUUUCGAAAUACUGUGUAUACAAUACGUAUUUUGUGGGCUUAAUUGGAAUGACAUGAUUUUAAACUUAAGUGAAAAAAUAUGUUUGUGAACCGGAUUUUCCUUAGGCUGCUUCUAAAUAGUUGCUUUGGAGUAAAACGAGCCCAAAUGUGAAAGAUGUUAUUGCCAAAACCAGAUCGAGCUCAUCUUCUGAGGUAUCAUCCAAAAGCAAGGUGUUUAAAUAAUUGCCAAACUUUAUACCAUCGUAAGUGGCGGCUUAAAGAGAAA